CAUCCGACUCAAGCCACGGGCUCUAGGAGCCACUCAUAGGCCUCCUGAACAUCGUUUACAUGUGGACGCUCACGAUGAAUAAUUAACAUUGUUAGUCUCACUUUCUGGUGCUUUUUUGUUACUGGAGCCUCUGCUAGGAUUUACUCAUCUUGGAUCUGCUGCUUUCUUUUGCUUGAGAGGUGUUUGACAGGCUGGGAGUGGCCGCCUGCUGCUCUGUGUGAGAGGAGGAUAGAGAGAGGGUGAGCAGGCAGAGGAGAGAAGAGAGGAGAAGAGAAGGGAGGUGAGUAAAGCUGCCCUGAGAUGCUCUGCUGGCUGAAGGAGGAAGAGAUGUCCAUGCAGGAGUUCCAGGAGCGCGUGGGCUGCGUUAUCACCCAUGUUGAUGAGAUCAUGCAACAGGAGAUAAGGCCUUUGCUGGCUGUGGACAUCAUCGAACAGCUUCACAGGCAGUUUGCAAUGCUGUCAGGUGGACGAGGGAAGGAUGGCGCCCCGAUCAUUACUUUCCCAGAAUUUUCUGGCUUCAAUGAUCUGUCUGAUGAAGACUUCAUUAAUGUAGUCACAUAUCUCACCAGUAUUCCCAGUCUGGAUGCUGCUAGCAUCGGCUUUAUCAUUAUCAUAGACCGUCGGCGGGACAAAUGGACUUCGGUGAAGGCCUCGCUGGCACGAAUAGCGGGGGCAUUUCCAGGCAACCUGCAGCUAGUUCUGGUCCUGAGACCCUCACGAUUUCUCCAGAGGACCAUCGCUGACAUCGGCAUCCGGUUACACCGCGAUGACUUUAAAAUGAAGGUACCGAUUGUCAUGCUAAACUCCCUGUCAGAUCUGCACGGCUAUGUGGAUAGUGGCCAGCUGACACGUGAAUUAGGUGGAAGCCUGCACUACUGUCACAGUCAAUGGAUUCACCAUCGCACAGCCAUCGAAAACUUCGCUGUGACGGUCAAGACCACAGCCCAAAUGCUUCAGAGAUUUGGAACGGACUUGGCAGAAACCGAGCUUCCCAACGAUGUGCAGUGCACCAAAGAUCUCCUGACAGCUCAUACAGACAAACAUGACAAGCUACAGGAGGAACUGAAGUUGGCUAUGAAACAAGGGACCACGUUGCUUUCGUGUAUCAAAGAUCAGGCCAGUAAAGCCGAGAACCACAAACUAAAUCCAGACGAAGUGGAAAAUCUAACCACAGUCGAAAGGUUGUUAGCUCAGCUGGAUGAGACAGAAAAUGCGUUUGAACAGUUCUGGUCCAAACAUCACUUAAAGUUAGAGCAGUGUUUGCAGUUAAGACAUUUUGAGCAGGACUUUAGAGAGGUGAAACUGUCUCUGGACAGCCUGAUGGACACUUUGCUGGCACUUUCCGACACCGGAGACGGGGCUGAUCGCAUGGAGCAUCUGCUGAAAGAGCUGAAGAGCCUGCAGGACAGAGCUCAGGAAUCUUUGGAGAAGGCGCAGCUCCAUGCCCUGCACGGCGACCAGCUAAUCCAGAGUAACCACUACGCGGUGGACUCGAUCCGGCCCAAGUGCGUGGAACUGCGGCGCAUCUGUGACGACUUCAGCAACGAAGCCAAAAAAAAAUACGACGUUCUGUCAAAAUCGCUUGAGAUCCACACGUGGCUAGAGAAGGUGAGACACUGGUGCGAGAAUGGGGUGUACCUGCUGGCCUCUCAGGCUGUGGAUAAGUGCCAGUCUCAGGACGGGGCUGAAGCGGCUCUGCACGACAUUGAGAGGUACAUGGAGACGGCUAAAGAGCAGCAGCUCAGUCAACUCAAAGACCUCUACAACCAACAUGAGAUGGCUCUCUCUGAUCUCAUGAAGAUCAAUGUUCAGAAUGCGCUGAAAAGACUGGAAGAAGUCCACGAGAUGUUCGAGAAAAGACACAUCAGUCUAAAGAGGCUGUCUGCCAAGCAAACUAGACCUGUGCAACCGGUAGCUCCACGUCCUGAAUCUUCUCCAAAGCGCCCUCCACCUAAAAGCACGCGGCCUCCAGGCUCUGUACCAAACCGCAGAGGUCCAGAAAAUAGUUCCACCAAGCAUAAUGCUGACGCCGAGCUGGCAAGGAAGAAAAACAUACGCAAGACUAAAGGAGGCAUCAAGAUCGAAGUUAUGCACGAGGAAAGUCAGGGGGGUUCCAGCCACGUGCUUGUGAGCAGCGAGACGGAGGAGAGUCUCUCCAGCAGGCGGAGACACAUAAUGAAUGAGCUGAUUGAGACGGAGAGACUCUAUGUGGAGGAGCUCCAAAGUAUAAUCGAGGGUUACGCUGCAGCACUGGAUAAUUCCGAAAUGGUGCAUCUAAUACCGGCUGUUUUGGAAAACAAGAAGGAUGUGCUGUUUGGCAAUCUUGGGGACAUCUACACCUUUCAUAACAGGACAUUUCUCAAAGAGCUGGAAAAUUGCGUGGAGAAGCCGGAGUUAGUGGGCACAUGCUUCUUGAAAAGAAAAGAAGAACUGCAGAUCUAUGAGAAAUACUGUCAAAAUAAACCUCGGUCUGAGGCUCUCUGGAGGCAGUGUGGGGACAGUCUGUUCUUUCAGGAAUGCCAAAAAAGGUUGGACCACAAGCUCUCCUUAGACGCGUACCUGCUAAAGCCAGUUCAGAGAAUCACCAAGUACCAGUUACUGCUCAAGGAAAUGCUGAAAUGCAGCAAGAACUCGGAAGGCACGGCGGAACUGGAGGAAGCUCUGGCCACCAUGUUGGAUAUCAUAAAAUCUGUUAAUGAUUCAAUGCAUCAGAUUGCCAUCACUGGGUUUGAGGGUAAUUUGAAUGACCUGGGCAAGCUGCUCAUGCAAGGCUCUUUCAACGUGUGGACAGACCACAAGAAAGGGCACAACAAAGUCAAGGACUUGGCACGCUUCAAGCCCAUGCAGAGACACCUUUUCUUGUACAACAAGAUGAUUUUGUUCUGCAAGAAGCGCGAGGAGAACGCAGACGCCCAUGAGAAAUCCCCGUCCUACGGUUUCAAACAUUCUCUAAAGAUGAGUGCUGUUGGAAUUACUGAGAAUGUAAAAGGAGACGCCAAGAAGUUUGAAAUCUGGUACAAUGGGAGAGAGGAAGUCUACAUCAUUCAGGCCUCCUCCAUGGACAUAAAGAACACGUGGGUGUCCGAGAUCAGGAAAGUACUGACGGGCCAACUGGAGGCGUGCAAAGAGGCAAGUCAGCUCCAUCAAAGAAUCACCGAAAACAUUUACCACGCUCCCAUGAGGAACAUUCGCAAAGUGGCCCUGAGGCAGUCGGACUCCUCGAGCCCAGAGACAGGCUACAAGCGCACCGACGGCGGCCCCAACAUGAGGCAGAAACGAGCUGGCGCCGUGUCCACGCUUAGCUCAGACCCGUCCUCGGCUCUGGCUAGAAAGCGCUUCACCCUACAAGGCCUGUCCAAUCGCAGGUCCCUGCCAUCAGAGCCGACGCCUAAGGAGGCCGAAGUCCCUCGCCGCUUCUCUCUAGCCUCCUCCCUCAGCGCGCCCUCUACCACGCGCACUAAAGGUCCUCUUUCCGCGACCAUUAAAAGCAAGAGACACCAGAUUAAGAGUGACCCGACUCCGUUCGGUUAUGAAGAUUCAUUGCGAGAAGCUCUUCCCGCUGACAGAAAAAACAAAGGUACAGCAAGUACCAAGCCUGCUGUGCCUAGGUCCACGUCUCAACCAGGAUGGAGCCAGCGCCGUUUACCUUCAAUGGACACAGAGGACUUUGAGACCAUCCCAUCCAGCGCUGAAGAACUUUCGAAUUCAUCAGACGGAGAGGACGAGAGCGGUAACAAAAACGAGGGGCGCAAUCGCUUUCAGGUGCAGCUGACGUACCAGUCACGAGCGCCACAGGAGAUGUCGCUGGAACCUGGAGAUUUAGUCCAGUUCCUAGAAGAGGUUGAGAAUGGCCACUGGCUAGUCAAGAACCUAAAUACACUGAAGACAGGGCUGGUUCCACCCAGUAUCCUGCAGUCUACAGCAGGACGAGUGGACAUUUACAGUAACACUGACAUCUUCAGCGACCUGUGUACGGCGGCCCUCACAGACACAGAGGAAGCAGAGGAGGGCGCUGGACUGCCAACAGUCCAGGAGAACAGAUUUGCAUGUUGAACAUGUCUUUUUCUUUUCUUUUUUUUUUUUUUUUGUCUCGACUUCUGCCUCAUUAUAGUGCCAUGCAUCGAAGAACCACGCAGGACACGUCCCUGCUGAACCUUUGCAUUACUGUAAAGUGAAGACAAUCUGUUGCUGCUAAACCCAUUUGUGCCAUGUUGACAAGAAAGUGCACAAAAGCACUGGAGCUUGGAUUUUUUUCCCUCUUUUUUUUUUGUUUUUUUUGGCCUUUGGACUCUGAACUUUGCUGAUGCAAAUCAACAGACGAGGCCAUCCAGCUGUCACAGUCGGCUGUAAUUUCGCUGUGCCGUAGCAGCUAAUCAACCCUUUGACAUUCUCGAAGAAGAAAACUGGAAUCCAGCGUGUUCCCGGAGCAGUGUUUCAGCGUCGGUUCACACGCCGCUUGUUUUAAAAAACAGGCCCGAUCUUGUCUUGUCGAGUGGAAAAAAGACUUGAAAUUGUCCCGUCCUGCUGAAAUCCCCCGCUCCGAUUUUCCUCAUAGCCCGGACCACUUCGCUUUAUCAAAGACAUUCAAGCGGAACAGAAGUCAUCUCAGCAAAAUAACCUUUUUUUUUAUACAGUUGGUAAAAUGCAGCAAUUUACAGUAAAAAACAACAAAGAAAAAAACCCAGAUAUAUUAUGUGUAUGCACAUUACAGGACAUUUCUGUCCUCUUUUUGUAUUUGGUGUCAUAUUUGUUCAGUAAUUACUCUUUAAACCUUCAUUUCCGUAUCCAGAAAUUGUCUCUCUUGGAGAUGUUCAGCCUCUAAGCAAUUUUAUCGGUCAUUUGAUAUUUUUUUUUUAUCAUGGCCAAAAUGUUUCAGCUGUACUGUAAAAGCAAAUAGCUAUGUAUUAUAUCUUUUUUUUUUGUUUUUAUAUAUUCAAACAAAUUCUUGUCAAGAAAUCAAAUCGGAGGACAAAUCACUCUCGGCAGCGUAUCAAACGUGGCCUUUGCGUUUUGCUCGAAACAGCAGAACAUUCCAGAGCUUGUUACCGAUAAUGUAAUAGUCUCACAGCGAGAAAUACUUCACCAAAUAAGAAAGGUUGUUCUAUUAUGACAUCCCUGUUGAAUGUAAAAAAAAGAUAAAAAAAAUCAAUUGAACCAUGUAAUAUUGAUUUUUAAAGUGGAGGCUGUAAACAUUUUCCAAGACUGACCACACAUCUGUAUAUUUCUUAAUUUGUCUGAUUCUAAGCACAAAAAUGAAAUGUGGACUGCAGAGUUUAUUGCUGAUGAUUAUAAUACACUGUUUAUUUAUUACAAGAAGCCGACGCUUCAUACUGGUUCAUAUGGUCAGUGUAUUACUGUCUACAUUUCCAAACAUAUGAUUAAAUACUGUACAUACAAAGUAAA